AGCCAAUUGGGAUGAUCGCUUUGGAUCGACAUUUUUUGUCUCUCUAGAAUGGAUGCGCAGGCCGUGUGACCGUAAGCACUCUGCGAAAGGCCAUCUUACUCGUAGUUCUGCACCCGGAACUAUAUCGCGUGCGUGGCUACAAAGCACUAUCUGGUCAUCAGUCUACUCGCCAUAUGAAGGAUCCAUGGAGAAGAUAUUUGAAGAAGCAGAACUAUGCGGUGCUCUCAAUCUGUCUGGCCGAAAAAUGAAAGAAUAUCCUCAUGAAUUGUCCAACAAAUACGAUCUCUCUGACCUCAUAUCAUUGGAUCUCAGUGGCAAUCGGCUAAGCGACAUUCCAACAUGUGUUUGCGAAUCGCGCUCCUUGGAAUCAUUGAGUCUUCGUGAUAACGCGCUGCGAAGCGUUCCGCGUAAUAUCCUUUUCCUGCGUUCGCUCACUGUGCUGGAUUUGAGCAACAACAAAAUUGUCCAACUACCGCUGAGCUUAUUCGAAUUACCCUUAGAGAUUGUGCUGCUGACUGGCAAUCGUCUGGACUCUAUCCCUCGUGAAAUUCGGCAGCUUUCUUCAACCCUUGCGGAACUGGAUGUGAGUUGCAACUUUUUGAAAUCUAUUCCUCCCGAUAUUGCGUUGCUGAAAAUGUUACGUGUUUUGAAUUUGCGUCAAAACUUGCUCGAAUGCUUUCCUUCAGAGCUGUGUCGUCUUUCUUUGCAUACGCUUGAUCUGUCCUGUAAUCGCCUGAAGCAGUUGCCUUCACGCAUUGGAAAAAUGAACUCUCUCGUUGAGCUUUCUGUUGGGAACAACCCUCUACAGUUCCCUCCAGCAUCUCUUAUAUUGAAGGGUCGUGAACAUAUCGUAAAAUGGAUGGAUGUUGAGACAAGUGCUGGGCUGAAACGUCAAAGCCAAUCAGAAGAUUUCAGUACGAGUUACGCUAGCGUCACGCUCGAUCGCAGCCAUAUAAAUAACAGGAAUCUCCACGAGGCGAGCCUACCCCCGUAUGUGGAGCUGCGACAGCAUAAACCUCCAUCUGCUAGAGCUAACGAUAAUUGUGAGCGAAACAGCGCUCCUGAAACCAAUCACGUUUCAGAGGCAGUGUUGGUAUUUGGCGAUGAAAAUGCCCUUUCGAAGGCUAAACCUCAUAGUGAAGCGGUACCAGUAGUAGCAGAGAAUAAAUUGGUAACUCUUCAAAACGGUAACAUGGAGGAAGCACGUAAAACAGGUUUGCGCCCGGCUUCCGAAAGAUUGAAUUCGACUGAUUUAAGCAACAACAAUUUAUCAGUCGCCAACAAUGUCUGCUGCACUACCGACACUCCUAUUGACGGGCUCAUAACAAAAAGACCUUCACCUACUCCAGCUGUAAAGUCCAUGGCAAAAACUGCUCCGUUGCUCAGCCGUAAAAGUCACCCGCCCUCACUGAACUCCGAAGCUCAGGAGACAAAGGUAUCAAAGACUAAGAUAUGGACAUCAUCGGUUUCCGAUUCACUCGAGAAGAAAUGUCGAUCUCCGAACUCUCGUAUUCUAAGUUCGGCUAUAAAUCAGUGUUCCCCAGUUUCGAAGACAUCGAAUUCUCCAUCUCGGUGCACGAAUCAACGUUCUCGUUUGCCUUCUCACAUAGGUCGAGCGUCGUCGUCGGCAUCUGUACAGAAAUCUUCGUCAUCAAGCGAGCAAUCGCGUCAAAGUUCUGUCACCAAGCCGUUAGCGGGUAAAACUACUAGGGUUACGGUUGUGCAUUCUAACCGAAAUGGGUUUUCUUCGAAAUCGCAUGAAGUUCAGCUGGCUCCCGCUGAUCUUUUGAAAAAGAUUUUUCUGGAAAGAUUACAAGUAACGCUUCCGGACAGCCUCGAAAACAUCGCUUUGGAGCUUUCUGACGGUGUGCAUCUGUGUAGUUUAGUUAACGCUUUACGUGCACAAACAAUCUCUUCCUUCUUUACGUCUUCAGCAGCGACACUGACCGCUCCGAAGGCAAAACGUAACGUAGACAGCUUUAUUACAUCCUGCCGAAAACUCGGUAUCUCAGAAAAAUUCAUCUGCUCACCUAAUGACAUUCUCAACCGAAGGAAUACCGCAAGCAUAGCAAAAACCGUUUUUGCUCUACAUAAACUGUUCCCACAGGAAAACGCAACGCAUGCUUGUUCCCUUGUCGUUGACAAACUUUGA